UGGGUCGAGAUAAUUUCUUUCAAAAUGGCCGCCGUUAGCUGAUUUGUUUAUGCCUGAAGUUUAGGGCUUUGCUGUUUUAUUCCUGGAUGAUUUAACAAAGAAAAGAUACGUCUUGAAAUUUUGAUCUCACCUCUAAGUUAUGAUGCGUACAAACGUUCAAAGAAGGUGGAACAAACGCAAGUAUAACCGGCUUCGUGUGUCCUCACACAGCUGAUAAUAAUUUUUCACCUUGGUAUGCCAGUUUCCUCAGCUAUGGACGGACCUCCCUCGUUCGCUGAGGACGGAGAUGGAAGGCCAUUUAGUGAGAUUUAUGCACGUCAGUUGAUCUCCAAGAUAAGUAGAGAGGAACUUGAAGAUAAAUAUCUGAGACUCCAGGAAGAUAACCAGGAGUUGAAGAAAUAUGCAAGGAAGCAGGAGGAAAAAAUCAAAAAGAUGGCAACCAAACUGCUUCGAUUGGUCCAUGACAAGAAAAAAGAAGCUGCAGAAGGAGUUUUUGCUGUGAAAGAUGUGGAUACAAAGGAGAAGAUAGCUGAUCUAGAAACUAAAAUUGUAGAACUAGAAAAACAGAAUGCUGGAUUAAAAAACAAGCUCACAGUUGCUAAGCAACAGCUUCAAACUCAAGGGAAGCGUGCAACACCGUAUGACCAUGUUAAGCCUCGAGUUCACACAGGUAUCCAUGCCAGAACCCCAUCUGGAAACCGCCUCAAAAAGGAUUUGAGAGUUCAGGGCCAUGACAUCAAACCUGGAUCAUCAAGAGUUCCACCUCCCAUGUUACCUCAGCCAAGAUAUGGACAUAGUCUUCUUGAGGAGGCCAGACUUGAAAAGAGGGAGCUGGAAGAGCUUAUUUCUCAACUUCAAGAUCAAAUUCAGUUGCUGGAUGAGGAUGGAGCUCAACUAAGGGAACAGUUGAGGCAAAACCAACUUCAUUAUGAGGAUGAGAUCAUGAGGUUGAAAGAACAGUUAUCAGAUGCAAAAAGAUCCAAUAUUCAGGAAAAUGUGGACUUGAUAAAACUUCAGAGAGAAAUUAAAGAAAAAGCAACAAAGUUUGAAGCUCUGCAAGUCAAAUAUCUAAAUCUAGAAGAGAAUCUUGCCAAAGUCAAAGCAAGCCACACCCAAGUUCUUGAGGAUAUGGAGAAACUUAAUGAGGAACUAAAACAGGAACAGACAAAGAAUUUUGUGUUGAAAAAUGAUCUGAAGAGUGGAGGAAUAGCAUCAAAAUCUUUAUCAGAGCAACUUCAAAUGAUAGGAGAUCUGAAAGCUGAGAAUGCAAUCUUGAAGGAAGCAAAUGAAAACUUAGUGAACAGCGCGUUUGACGCAGAAAGAGAGAGGCAGCAUAGAGCAAAGUACAGGCAAAUGGAGGUGGAGAUGGAACAGUUAAGAGCCACUUUACAUUCAGACUUACAAGAGAAAAAUGACAUUCUUGACAAAUUAACUAGCGAAAGAGAGUCCGCUGAAAAGCUUCAGACAGAGCUUCGUGAACUGAGGGUGCAACAUUAUACCUUGAAAGAACAACACGAUGACUUGAAAGAGAAGAUGAAAUUUUUCACUAAGGAGAGCGCGGUAGAUUUUCAGGAAAUCGAAGAGGCCCUCGUCUUGAUCAAACAUAGAAAAGAAAAAGGCAGUCAGGACCUUGAUUUCUUAGAAAAGGUUGAUGACGAAAUGAACAAAGAUCUAAAGCGACAAGUGCAAGAACUGCAGGCGUCACAUGCCGAUACCAUCAACGAACUGGAGAAAACGAGAAACAUGUUAAUAAUUCAACACAAAAUUAACAAAGAUUACCAGACAGAGGUUGAACGAGUAACCAAGAAGAUGAGUGAAGAUAAAAAGGAGUAUGAUCUGAAGAUGCAAGAGUAUGCACAGCUGCUGGAUAUCAGAGCUGAUAGAAUACGAAAACUUGAAAGUCAAAUGCGUGACGUAGCUUACGGAACCAAACAAUACAAAACUGCUCCAUCAGAGGAGUCUGAGUUUGAAGAAAUGGAUAGUACGGUCGAGUUGGAACGAGGACAAAAUAUAUUUGAAAUUCACAUCGAUAAGGUCAUCUUUUCUCAGGAGUCCGUAAAAGAGUUUGAGGAUGAUGAGCCAGUUACCUUCGUAACGUACGAGUUCUUUGAACACGAGCUUCAAACCACGCCUGUUGUCAAGGGAACCAGGCCGGAGUUCAAUUUUACUUCGCAGUAUCUUGUCAGAGUGGACGAUUUCUUCCUGCAUUACUUGCAAAAGGAAUCCACGUUGAUAGAGAUCCAUCGCGCAUUUGGUACUGACUACAGGACUGUAGCAGCUUGUCAACUGAAGUUCAGAGAUCUUCUUGAGAAACCUCAUGGUAGAGUUCACAGCACUGCUAAGUUUAUAGGCUCCAGGCCACCGUGUCAAGGCGUCGAAUUUGCCACCAUGGAGUACUGGGUCAGACUGAGAGUUCCCAUGGACCAAGCAAUCAGAUUAUACAGGGAGCAUACCAAGGCGCUUGGUUACAUGAACUCCGGAGCGUACAAAGCGCUUGAAGACGCUGGUCACGUUCCAGAAAAACCACCAUCUGACGUGAACGAACUUGACGUCCAUAUCAUUAGAUGUAGUGGAGUUAAACCAAGGAGACAAGGAAUUCAGCCCAGUCCAUACGCGGUAUACCGUUUCUUUGACUUCGCUGAUCAUGAUACAGACAUCGUGCAGAGUACAAACACCCCAGAGUUUAAUGACAUCAAGACAUUUCCUGUGCCCAUGACACCUGAACUGGAUACAUACCUCAGGGCCGCGGCGCUGGAGAUCUAUGUGUUUGACGAUGCUGAUCCAGAGCCUGCAGUUUACCUGGGACUCGCUAAAGUGCCUUUGAUAACGCUUGCUAAUGACAAGACUAUCAAGGGGACCUUCGAACUUAGGCGGGCCUCGGGAGGCGUCAAUGGAACAAUUGAUGUUUAUUUGAAAUGGAGAUACACCUAUCUUCCGGCUAGUGCCAAGCCUCGCGCGGCACCUCAGCGAGUAAUGCAAGUACCUGACGAGAGAGAGUCAUUUAACUCCGACAGUGAACCUGAAGUCAAAUCUGCCGUCAAAUCAUCAAACACGAGAGAUAAGCCCCCAUCACCUGUUGACUCCUCGACUCCGAAACAGGAACAGCGAGAAGAAAAAAUUGCCAGGCGUGAGUCUGCUCAUCUGGCGCAGAUUAAACGCAAACCAUCAGACCUUUUAGAAAAGGUUGAACCAGAUGAGCGGAAAAAAGAAAAGCCUCUGGAGUCCAUGUCAGUGGACGAGUUGAUAAAGGCAACAGCAAAGAAACCCCAGCCUGCCCCGCGCACCCGGAAACUUGAACCCGAGAAGCCUGUGGAGGAGAUGUCCAUUGACGAGAUGUUCAAGGCCGCCGAGGAGCCAGCGGAGGAGCCUGGGGGAGAGGUGAAGUCCACUAGAGAAAUCGUUGAGACAGAGACAUCUGAAGAUGAACAGGAUGACGAGGCCCUUGUGGCUGAAGAAAUGAGGCGGACAACUGAAGCAGAAGGCAGCGAGGACACCAUGUUUGAGGAGCCAGCGUCAGACCUCGACUCGACGCUCGGCGAGGAGGUGGACAUACCCCUCCCCUCAGCGGAGUCCAAGGAAGAAGUGGACGACGAAGAAGAACCGGCAGAGGAAGUGGAAGAGGAGAUAGAUGAAGAGGAAGAGGAAGAAGAGGAGGAAAAUAAAAGAGAAGAAGAAAAAGGCGACGGUCCUGGUGAAAGCGGAGCUGAGACAAGCGAGAGUGAAGCUGUGAUGGUUUCCCCGAGACAUUCUCGUGCCAAAUCUGCCGUUCAGGUUGCUUCGACAGUGGUUAUUCAAGUCACAAGUCUCACUCUCCAUCCAGAAGCGUCAAUAUUAGAUGAUCCAAACGUGAAACAAGUGUUUGUUGCUUACAAGUUUCUGGACUGUGAUCCAGCUGAUUUGGAAACACCUAUCUCUUUACCAAAACCUGCCCCUUACAGGCCUAUAUCAUUUAACUUUAAGAAAGUUUUUCAUGUGGAUGCAGAGAACAACCAAGUAAAAAGAAAUUACUUGAUUUACAUGUUGUCCAACGAUCCUAAACUCGUGUUCACUGUUGUCAGUGAUCCACCCGAGGAUGAAGGCGACUGUGUUGAUGUGGCUUAUGCCUCAGUGGAUUUCGUACAGAUAUUGAAUGAAAGGGAGGACUUCAUCGACAAAGACAUUGAACUGUACGACAUCGAGAGUAACUCUGAGAUUGGAACACUGACGGUCACUGUGGAAGCGUUACAGGCACUUUUGGGCUUGUAUAACGACGAAUAGCACCACUGAACUGUCUCCAAGUAAAGUAAACCCACGCUUAGAGGUAACGAAAACUUGAAUUGAGCUUUCCCCACUGAGCCGCGAAAGAUCAAGUGUUGUGCAUGUAUGAAGACGUCACAAGACGGGACAUUUCAGAGUAGUUCAGCCCUCUGUGAAAUAGGAUUUUGUUGUUGUUGUUGUUAUUGUUGACAAAAACGCGUCGUAAGCAAACAUUUUAUAAAGUACUGUAAAAAUUGUAAAGUUUGUAAAUAAAUUAAGAGCUCUAGGCUCUGCAAUAAACGUCAUAAAAGGUAAUUAACUUUCUGACAAAAUUUCUAUUCCUUUCCAAUAAACGUAAUGCGCAAAACUGAAAAAUAUUCGGGUUCGAAUUCGCCCAAACACUUAUCUGUUCACACCUCAAAUACAGAAAUGUAGAAACAGUAGCCCCGAGAACAUGCUCGGAUAUUUUUCGCGAACGUUAUCGGUUCUGAAAAGGGAAAAGUUUUCCGAGAGCGAAGCUCGGGGUAAACUAUGGGCUUAAGGAACAGAUAAUCUACAAGGACAAAUAUCUGAGCAUAUUUUUGCGCCAAAUGAAAAACCAACAAUUGUGUUUAUUAACCGUCAAAUAAUUUUCGCAACACGCGCAGCUUUGAAAAUUAGGGAAUACCCAGUUUUAGCUGGCGUGAGACGUGUUCAGUCAUGUAACGCGCGUGUUUCGACCAGUCGCGUGCGAGCGAAAAUGCUUGAUAGAUUAUAACCAAGGUUUUUCUUUAUAUUCAAGGACGCACGACUCGAAGGACACCUGGAAUAUCGUAUUUUAAACCGGCCUGUUUUUCUCAAUUCAACUUGAAUACGUCAUGUGUUCAUCCUUGAACACUCUUGAAUACUGCACUGCCUGGUGUACAUCACCUUUUGCGCGCGCCUUUCUUUGAGUACUUCAAGUGUAGAUCACAUAUGGUGUGUACCUGUUGAAUGGCCGGUUCGUUUGCUACAAACGUUCCUGGGAAAUAAUUCCUUGAAAAUUUGUGGUUAUCUUUAGUAUGUUUAUAUUUGCUUCUAUAGCAGAACAGACUGAAGAUUAUUUCAAAUUUUCAGGGAAUUGUUACUCAAUUUAAUUCGCUUCCGCAUGGUCAACGACUUCUCGUUUUCAAUGGAAGUUUUGAUUCGGUUUAACCAGAUGAAUCAGGCCCGUUUGACACGAAAGGACUUAAUUUCCUGGGAUUCUUGAGGAGUUUCAGUCUUAACCCUAAUCCUAACGAAAACCUAAAGCUACGGAGUAGCUAAUACUUCGCUCCUUAUUGAUACCAAAACUUCGCUGAAAAGCUCAAGAAAGCAGUUAUUAGAGGAUAGUUUCCUCAACCGUCGGAAGAGACUGCGAUGGUCGAUACAGCCCAGUCAUGAUGGGCUUUAGUUUUGAAACUGAGUGGAGAGACAAAUACAGAAAAGGUAGCAAUAGCGCGAAAUGUCCGCGAAUUGCUGAUGUUGACUUCUUGUGAGAACAGGAAUGUUCAUUUUGCCGUGGUCGAACUCAGUCCCCAGGGGGGAUAGGAAGCUUAAGUCCAGGCAACUCUCUUGGCGUGGUGGACUAUUUCUGGGCACAUCAGACAACUUAAUUAAAGUCGGCCAGCCUAAGAACUGUUAAACAAGACUUCUCUCUAACGUAGUUUAUUGUUGUCCCAAAAUUAAGCCAAGUACAUGUUAACUGGAGUAUAAAUCCGAGAAUAAAUCGGAACUGCUGUUACAAUAUCGCCCAUAAAAACAUCAAGUUAGCAUUGUGUGAACGCUAAAUAAACAUGAAAACUUACAGUACUUGUUCCUACAGAGUGGUUUCACAUGACGUUAUGGCAGCCUUAUUGCUGUCCCAAAACAAGGAAACGGCGGCCAUGUUGGUGUCUUCAAUAAAUCCUGUGGGAGUUGAACUCUUUUUCUUAUGUGAACACUUUCUUUUGUUCCGAAGAAUUGGCACGUGAGUGAAAACGCUCCAUAGGCUCAGUGCAUGUCAUUACAUUGCAAUGCAUUUAAUGUUUCUAAUAAAGUUCGGCAUUGUUACGUCCGUCUAAUUUUUGCCAUUUACGUACAUCACGUAGAGAAUUCUCAAACUUUCUCAGCAUGGAUGUAACUAAUA